AUGGAGUCCAAGCUUCAGGAUGAGUCUUCGGAUGAGGAUCUUCCGUUGAGCACGACAAUAAAGGCGGGAGAGUCGUCCGGCUCGGACUCGGACGUGCCAAUGUCUCAGCAGCGAGAGGAGAGUGGCUCUGAUACGCCUUUAAAAAAUGAAGUGGAUGCGAGCGAUGACGGAGAAGAGGAGGAAGGCGAUGAGGGGAAGGACGCGAAGAAGCGGAAACGCGGCGCCGUCAAGCAGCGCCAAUCGAAAACGGACUUGGAAGGGGGAGGCGAACAGCGCUGGACUACCUUGAUUCACAAAGGUCCCAAGUUUCCCGAAUUGUACAAGCCUCUGCCUGAAGACGUAACGCUCAAGUACGAAGGAAGACCCGUCACGCUUCUUCCUGAAGCGGAGGAAGCCGCCAUGUUCUAUGCAGUGAAGCUUGAGACACAACACGCACAGAAUCCCAUCUUUAACAAAAACUUUUUUGAAGACUUCCAAAGUGUGCUGAAAAAGUACCCUCCCGAACACGGCGUCAAAAUUAAAAAAUUUGAGAAACUCGACUUCCGCGACAUGUACACAUAUUGGAAAGCGCUGAAAGAUGCCGAGGUGGAGCGGAAAAAAAGCAUGGCGCCCUCGGCGCGUAAAGCUGAGAUAGCGGCGCGUAAAGCAAUGGAGAAUGAAUACAAGUCCUGCAUUGUGGAUGGCCACGAACAAAAAGCCGGCAACGUGACGGUGGAACCUCCGGGCCUGUUCCUGGGCCGAGGUGCACACCCCAAAGCUGGGCGUAUAAAGACGCGCAUUAUGCCCGAACAGAUCAUCAUCAACCAUAGUGCGGAUCACCCCGCGCCGAAGCCGCCGCCAGGCCACCAAUGGGGCGAAGUUGUGGAGAAGAAGGACGUGACGUGGCUUGCUCUUUGGCGGGAGAAUAUUAACAACAGCUUCAAAUACGUCUUCCUCGAUGCCUCGAGCACUUUCAAGACAGACUCGGACCGCGAAAAGUUUGAAAAGGCGCGACGUCUCGACGCAUGUGUAAAACAGGUUCGUGCAGAUGUGAUCAGGAAUCUUGUUUCUAAAAACCGUGUCGAUCGUAUGGUUGCGACCAUUGUGUGGCUGAUUGAUAACUUUUCACUUCGUGCAGGGAAUGAAAAAGGAGAAGAUGAGGCGGAGACGUAUGGCGUUUGCUCCUUGCGCUGUGGACAUGCGACGUUACUGCAACCUAACAAGUUGAAGCUCUCCUUUCUCGGAAAAGAUUCGAUGAAGUUUGAAGAAACACUUAGCAUUGAGAAUAAGGAGGUGUUCAAAAAUCUGACUUUGUUCCUAAAGACGGACGGCAGCAAAGUUGACGGCGAAUAUGUUCGAAAAGGCCCGGAUGACCCUAUUUUCGCAGCGCCCAAGGUAAAGGGCACAAAAUUGGCGCCACUGUCACCGGAUGUGGUCAACCAAUUCUUGAGCAAGUACAUGAAGGGGCUGAGCGCAAAAGUUUUCCGUACAUACAAUGCAUCUGUCACAUUCCAGGGUCUGCUCGACAAGACAGAGGCAUGGCUCAAACAGCGCCCCACGGCGCAGGAGCGCGAAAUCAACCCUGCAAACCUUCGUAUUGCCUACAACGAAGCCAACCGCCAAGUUGCCAUUUUGUGUAACCACCAAAAGACUGUAAAUCAUGUGAUGCUCAACAAGGCAUUGGACCGCACGCGCGAAAAGAUCUUUGGAAUCCAGUACCAAAUUUCGAAAGAGUGCCAGAAAUUGCUCACGCAUCAUACCGCCGCAGAAUUAAAGAAGGAGUACCUUCCAAAAGACCAUGAUUUUGCAAAGCAUUGGAAUUUAAUUUUAAAAGACGUUCAUCUUGAUAAGGGCAAGGUAAUCGAGUAUGAAGAAGGUAUUAUCCGCGACAAGAAAGCACGUCUUGUCACUGCAUUUGAGCGCAUGCUUUCAGAGAAAGAGUACUUGGCGGGCAUGCAAAAAGAGCAAUUAAAUGGUACAAUCGGAGUAAAAAAGGAGGCAGCUGAAAUUGAUUUCAAGCCUGUGCGCGGCAUUACGACCAAGGAGCAGCUGGAUGCAGAACUGAAGAACAUGGACAAGCAACUCAAGGUAUGGGAGCGAGAGCGAAAGACCAACAAGAGCGAGUCCCCCAGUUGCAACGUCCCAUCAACUGCCCGCAAGAUCCUGACUAAAUACGAAACAAUCAAGAAACAAGAGGCUGAGCUGUUGAACAAGAACAACACCAGCGAUGUGUCUUUGGGCACUUCCAAGAUCAACUAUAUUGAUCCGCGCAUUACUGUCGCUUGGCUGAAGAAAUGGGAUAAGCAUUUGCAAUACAAUGUUUCAAAAAAAAAGAACUCGAAACCUAAAAAGGAGGAGCAGGAAACAAAGGAUGCUAUUGCCGCCGUCAGUGAGAAGAUGGAGCUCGAUUUGAAGGUGAUGAAUAUCGGCCAGUUCUUCCCGAUGACGCUGCAAAAGAAAUUCAAAUGGGCAGCAGUGGACGACGAUGGUGAAAGUAUGUCUCCAAACUGGACAUUUGUCCGCAACGCUGUGGAGAAAAUGCGUACUUUGGAAAGCGGCUCGCGUAGUGCUGACUAG